AUGGGGCAGACGUGGAACGAGCAAUAUACUGUGAUGCGUUCCAGGGCCGUGUUGGGCUCAAUCAAAAAGGGACUGCUCGCCCGUCUAGGCAAUUCCGUUCUCACAUACGUAGUACCUUGGUUAAAACUGCCGAAGUUUGCUAUGGAAUGCGGAAAGUUUGAGAAUGGGGGCUACAACACCCAAGGCUUGAGGGUCUGUCUUGGCGACCAGUUUGAAAACCAUUCGGCGCGAGGUGCAUUGCGUUUGUUCUCCUUGCUCCAUGGGCAAGUAAUAUGCAGUCUCCGUAGGCAGUAUGGAUCCAUUUCGGCCAGGGCAGGGACCGACCGGCCGACCUUUUGA